CUCCGACCGCAAGGCACUACAGAGGGUAGUGCGUAUAGCCCAGUACAUCAGGCCAAGCUUCCUGUCAUCCAGGAUUUCUAGACCUUUAUAGCAGGCGGAGAGUAUGGCCACAGCACUCCAGACUGGUGGAUUUGUCCUGGCCUGAUAGGCGCUGCCGCCAUCAUCGCUGCCACGGGGAUGAACAACUGGAGCGUCAAGGACCGCCAGGGGCAUGUGGUGGUGACUUCGGUCUACACUUAGAAGGGACUGUGGCAGAAUUGUGAGACGGGCACCUCAGGCUUCACCGAGUGCCAGCCCCUCUACAGAAUCCUGGGCUUCUCAGGUAAAUUACUUGGGAUUUAUGCCCGUUUACACAGGCAGCCCAAUUCUCAUGUUUCCCCACAAAUUGGUCUUUUGACCAAUGAGAAGAUCAGCUCUUUUGCCAGUAAUUGGGCAAUAGAUCCAAAUUGGCCUGCGUGUGUAGACAGCAUUUAAAGCCUUUUCCAACUGAUUUACAUUGUAAGGUUGGGGGAAUUCACUCACCAUCAAUGUGUAGUAGAGCCCACCUGGGUGAUGCAUGCCAACAUGUCUACAUUUAGGUUGGUGUGGUGGCUUUACCGAGACAGUCUUUCAGGGUUCUAAUUACACAUUGACUUGUAAGAGGGCCUCUGGUCCAAUUGGGGUGGCCAUGAUUCAGUGUAUGGAGAGCAAUUCAGUUCCUCAAAGUUGAGUCAUUCUGCUUUUUAGUUUGUCCUCUCCCGCGCUUUGCCCUGACCUGCUCCUAUCAGUAUGCAAUUGUGUGUCAUGGUUCUUUGCCAGGCUCAUGUUCAGUCAACACCACUAUCACAGGCAAAACACAUAACAGAGAAUCAGAUUCAAAUCCCAACAGAAUACAUUUCAGUGUGUUAUUCAUAUUGGAACCUUGAUCCCUAGUAAUUUGACUGGUAAACUCCUACAUUUAUGUGGCUCAUAUUCAGUAAUAUACAUAGUUGACCAUAUUCACUGACUAAAUUAUGUUUCUGUUCUGAAGAAGAUAUCGCAGCUUGUUAUUGAUGUUGAUCUGGUGUGAUUUGUGUGGCCUUCCAGGUACAUUUCAGGCAGUGAGGGCACUGACGGUAGUGGGCAUAGUCCUGGGUGUUAUUGGGGCGAUGAUAGCCCUGUUCUCGCUCAAUUGCUAUAAAAUGGGCAGCAUGGAGGAUUCCUGCAAAGCCAAGAUGACCCUUACUGCAGGGGUCACAUUCAUCAUUGCAGGUAUUUGUGCCAUUGCUGGAGCUUCCAUCUAUGUCAACCCGAUAGUGGCCAGUUUCACGAUGACCGCCUACAACCCCAACUACAGAGGAGGGAUUGGAAAGGGGAUGGGAGGAGGGAAUAUGAUGCAGAGGUGCAGCUUUCUGUUAUUGGGUGGGAUUCCGAAGUGUGUGGCCUUCAGGGGACUGCAACCAGACAAGUCAACGUUAGCUCUAAAUCUUUCCUAAUUUUCUAGGUUUUCAGUAUGUAAAAAUAUACAUUUUGUGAAUACUUUUUCCCACAGUAAAACAGGAGUCCCUUACAAAGCCCCCCCCACCACACCACACACAACAGGCCAGUCAAUAAUCACCACCAUCCAGAGGCUGGGAAGAGAGACAACCAAAAAUGUAUAAUUCUUGUUAUAUUCUGCAUUAAGGAUAGGGGUAGGUCUUUAAAUGUUGCUCGAAUAUAGUGCUAGAUUCAAUAGAAGAGUUUUCAUACAUUUUACUGCAUGUUAUUUAAAAAUGUGUUCUGUUGUGGUUGAAAGUGGGCUCCAUUUUUAUACUGGCAAUAACCAUUCGUUUCAAGCUUGGUUUAUUGAUGAAGCUUUCAUUUGUACAAUGUAAUGAACCAAAUAAAUCUUUAAAACCCCUCUAUGUAUCAAAAGCGUAUUUUCUGCAUUUC